AUGGAUCAGCAAAUGGCCACCGAUGGCAGAAACGCCAUUCUAACGUCCUUCUGUGUGGAUGACUUUUUAAUCAGCUUCGAUUCUUGUUCUGAAGCGGUAACUGUGGCGCGUAAUGUGAAUACCAUCUUGGCUGCCGGUAAAUUCAAGCUAUGCAAGUGGAACUCCAAUGUGGCCGCCGUAAUGAACAGUUUGGCGGAAGACGACAAACCACAGAGCGAACGGGUCAUCGGAAACCGGGAUACUACGGUCCUUGGCUUGCGUUGGGAUACAUUGUCGGAUGAAUUCGUUUUCGGGCUUCAAUUUCCACCGCGAACCGGCGCCAUAACGAAGCGCAGGNAAUACCAUCUUGGCUGCCG